AAUAUAAUGUAAUGGAGAGCUUUAUUGUAAAUAGAUUUGUACGAGCGAGGUUUUUAUUGCGUUUAAUUAAUUCCAAUUAUCUAUAGCUAUCCUGAAUCACUAAAAGUUACAAUUAGCUAUUUAACGAGAUAAGUUGAUAGAAGUUGUGAUGUAAAUACAUUUAUUUAAUUCGUUAAAUGAUUAAAACAUACGGAAAAGAACGUAUAGUGAUAUUUCUUAUCGCGCUAAUUGAAGAUUUCGAAAUGAUUUUGGCCCAGUAGCAAAAGAGAAACAUGCCACGAUAUUAAUACGAAGUUAAUAAACGAGACCGCAUCGUAAUAAUCAAAAGGAUGUCUUCGUGGCAACUAUUCAAUUUCAUGCGAGUUAAUUUUAAAUACACUAAUAGAAAUGUCAACUUGUCCUCUCUUUCUAAGCGAUUUAGUAAUCGUGUUAAAUUUGGAGGUUAUCGUAAAAAGAUAGAUUUGUGGCUUAAAGAACAAAGCACGCAGGUUGCAAAGGCAUGUACAAGGCAAUGCGAGUUUAUAGUGGCACAACGUAUUAGACGAAGUAUUCAAAUAUUUCUUCUUUAUACAAAAAUAUGGGACGAAGUGGCUCUUAAAGAAAUAAUCAAAUCGUGGAGAAUGCGAGCUAUAAAAAAUUCUAAAAAAUUUCUAAUCAGUGCUGUUGGUGUAAAUGUUUAUAAUUGGAAUCAUGAAAGAAUAUCUGACGAGGAGGUCAAUAGUUAUAGUCAAGAAAUAGAGGGUAUUUAUAAAUUGAGAGAUUGUACCGUUAUAUGUACAAACUGUCACCUACGAAUUAUUAUCGAUAAUGCUAGUAAACAACCUGGAGUAGAAUAUUGUAAAUGUGAUGGUGUCAAAACGUCUGCUACCAUGAAUAAAGAUCCUAACGGUUGGCAACCAUAUAUUGAACGCCAAGACAUGUUAGUCUGGAGGAGACAAGAGCCAGAUACAGGUUUAUUUGCAUAUAAAGUAUAUGGAUCUUUUCCGGAUGUCACGGCUGAAGAUUUCUUACAAGUACAGAUUGAUAUAGAGUAUAGGAAACAAUGGGAUAUAACUGCCCAAGAAUUACAAAUUAUUGAUACUGAUCCACAAUCUACAACAUCUAACAAUCAUAGUGCUGAUGUUAUAUACUGGGAAAUGAUUUGGCCUAAACUAUUUGCUAAUCGAGAUUAUGUAUAUCAACGUAGAUGGGUUAUUGAUAAAGAUAAAAGGAUAGUAGUUAUUGUUAGUAAGGGAACUGACCAUCCUAAUGCACCUGUUAAACCUGGAACUCACAGAGUAAGGACGUACUGGUCAUAUAUGGUAAUUAGACCUUACACGGAUUUUCAACAGCCAGGUAUCGAAUUUAGCUUAACUUACUUUGAUGACCCUGGUAUGAGAGUGCCAUCAACCAUCACUGCAUGGGUAGCAGUAGCAGGUUUGUCUGACUUUUUAACUCGUAUGAGACAAGCAUCCAAAGACUAUAAAAAAUACAAAAUGAUGCAAAACAAUGUCACGUGUACUAGCCAUACAGUAUUGGAUCAAGAAAAUCUUACCGAAUAUGAAGAUUCACAUAAAGGUAUGAAUAAAACCGAAAAAGAUAAAGAUUUAGUAAAACAUGGGAUUGUAGAAGAAGAUAAUUUAAAACACGUUCAAGUCAUACAACAUGAAAAUCCAUUAGAACUUAUGCAAUCUAUGGACGAAAACACUGAUACAGAAGAAAAUAAUUUAGAAGAAAAUGAAGACAAAGAUAAUGUUGCUAAUUCUAUAUCUCAAGAAGAAGGAGGUUUAUUAAAUUACUUUUUUCUGAGUAAAUUAUUUGCGUGACAAGGAAUUGUAAUAUGUAUUUUCAUACAUAUUUUUAAAUAUUAAAGUCUUUUUCAUGAUUUUACAUGAAAAUAACUUUAAUUUCUAAUCUCUAUUUAAUUACAAAUAUGUUGACUUUACAUAUUAGUAAAAUAAAAAAAUAGUACAUGUAAUUUUUAUUUUUAAUUCUGAAAAUUUAAAUAAUAUCGGAGAAACAUAUAUUCAUAACGUAUAAAUGAUCUUUUCGAAAUUAUUUGUUAUCAUAUAUGUUUAGAAUUAAAGAAAAAAAAAAAGAUAAAUUUGAUGAACAGGUUUGAGAAAUCUGUCAUUAAAAAUCUAUGCCAUUCUAUCAGUGUUAUGAUUCAUGCAUUUAUUGCAAUUAUAAAAAUUAGUACAAUUAGUAAUCAAUAAUAAGUCAUAUUUAUGUGCGAUAUCAAAGUAUAUUCAAAAAUCAAGAGAAUUAAGAAAUACUAUACAGGAGAAACUUAUUAUUUUAUAACUAAUUGUAAUCAUAUAACAUCAGCUCAUAUAGUUUUCUUUAACUUUCGUACAUUAUUUUUUCUGAACAGUUAUAUACUGUUCACAUAUCUCUUUUAAUAAAGAUCUGUCUUUACUUACGGUCGCCACUAAAUUAACUAUUUUCUUAUUAUCAUAUAUACAUCCAGUUUCACAUGUAAUUGCAUCCAUUAGUUAUAUACGAAAGACCAAAUGAUAUCUCAUAUGGCAGUAUUAUUGCUUUAGUACCUGCUAAUACCUCAGUAACAUUAGAAUGAAAAAUUAUAUAUAACAAACAAAUGUUGAUUUUUGUAUUCAUAUAUACUGGAAAAAUAUUUUUAAAAUGCAAUAUAUUUUUAUCCGUUAAUCAUAUGCUUGUUAUUUCAGUAAAACUUUCGUCAUUAAAGCAUGCUUCUUCUGCUAACAUAGCACAAGAAAUAAAUACUUCGUCAUCUAAAUCCAAUUGAAAAUUGAUUUCUUCCGGUAGCUUUUUUGGAGAAGAUAAAAAAUCAGAACACUCUUCAUCGUGACAUUUCUGAUAUAUAACUUGUUUAGUUAUGUCAACUAUCAAAUAGAUAUUAUUACUUUUGUGCCAUCUUCCUAUGUUUUCACAAUACCUAUGUAAUAGUAUAUUAACCAAAGAAUUUUAUAUGUUUAUAAUCAUUCAUUUUUAAUAGAAAUUUGAAGUAUAUAUAAUAAUUUAUCUUGCUUGCAAUUAGAGUGUAUAUUUUAUUAUUAUCCGGCAUUUCUAUUUUCAUUGCAUUAAAAAUAUGAACAAAAGAUAUAAGGACAAACUUUUAAAGAUGACUCUUUAUAAAAUUUCUUAAUACAUUCGAGACUAGUGAUAUAUAUAGAUCUACGUCACCUCGAAUUCUUUACUUGAAUACCAGUGACAUAGUCUUACAUCAUUUCAAAAUCUGUAGCUAAAUGUUGAUAGCAUUGAUCUAUUCUAAUAGAUAUUUAAUUUUAAUUAAACUGUUAAAUGUUUAUAUUUUAUAUUUCAAGUUAUUAAAUGCAGUCUCCAGCCAAAGUCUCGCCAAAGUAACACCGGUUAUGAAUGAGUUAAUAAUAAAAUAUACAAUCUAUAUGAGACAAUAUUAUGAAUUUUAAAUAUAAGUAUAAAUACCUGUAACCAAUGAUUUCAUAAAUUAAUGUCUUCAAUUGCUCGUUAUAUUUACAUAGACGUAUUUUUCCUGGUUUAAUGAUAUCUAAUAUAUAUUUAUCAAUUUCAGGAUACUGUGAUGAUGUAUUAUAGUUUGUUACAUUGUUUAUCCAUUGCCUUUGUUCUUUGUUAGAGUGUCUUAUGACCUGUGCCUCAUCAUUGGAAAAUUCAAGUAAAAUUAUAUCCUUUUUUUUUGGAAAAUAAGCAAUCAAAGAAUUGAUAAAAUAUUCCAAUUCUGGUUCCUUGUACAUUUUUGGUAAUAUAAAUUUACAAUCAGAUGAAAUUUCCAAAUGAGACUGUUUACCCCAUUUAGUGGAUUUGUAUAUUCGAAAAUGUCUAUUUUUUGUAUAAACCCCAACGUCAAUAAACAAUUUUCUUCCAUUUU